AUAGAUGCUUUAUCUCUAACAAACAAGACCAAAAUAGACAAAGAUAAAGUUGAUAAAUCUGAAGUAGACAAAUUCAAGAUAGAAGUAGACAAAUCUAAAUUAGACAAAUCUGGUAUAGACAAAUCCUAA